AUGUACUACCAACACAGAUAGCUGAUUACUUCAGAACGAAUUGGAUUGUUGUGUCAGUGGUGUACAUAUUGCCCGAAGUGGCGAGUGCAGUCUUUCCAGUUCGUCAAUGUUAGCACCCACGUAAAUACAAUGUCUUUGCUGCGUACAUUACCUACGCUUAACAAAACUUCAAAAUUAAUAUCCCGAAGUGUGCCAGCUGUUCAUUACCAUCCGAAUGUUUUGGAUCAUUAUGAAAAUCCAAGGAACGUGGGAUCCCUAGAUAAGAAUGACUCGCAAGUUGGUACAGGUUUGGUUGGUGCACCAGCCUGUGGAGAUGUAAUGAAACUUCAAAUUAAAGUUGAUCAGGACGGAAAAAUCAUUGAUGCUAAAUUCAAAACUUUUGGUUGUGGUUCUGCUAUUGCCUCAAGUUCACUAGCGACUGAAUGGGUGAAAGGAAAAACAGUUGACGAAGCCCUUCAAUUAAAAAAUACUGACAUUGCUAAAGAAUUAUGCCUACCACCUGUCAAGCUACACUGUUCGAUGCUUGCAGAAGAUGCUAUUAAGGCUGCAUUAUCAGAUUAUCGUAUAAAACAGCAAACAAAGUCAAAAGAAAAUGAAAGCAAUGAUACUCCAAAAGAAACAUGAUUCGGAUGUAUUCAAAAGCAUAAACUUAUUAGUAAUACUUAAUAUAUUACUAGUGGCUACUGUAGUUCUAUUGUAAUAGUAGCUACUACAUAAAACAACAAAUAGUAGUAUCUUCACAAAUCAUGAACUGUGAUGAGAGUUAAAAGAAUAAUGUAUCUCAAUAGAUAUUUAAAGUUCUACAUAGAUAUAUUCAACUGUGCUAUAUUUUCUUUUAUGGAAUCAAAUAAAUAUAUUUAAUUAAAAAUUAUUUCAA